UUUCGCGUUUCAGAACCCACGCAUUGGCCUCAAACAAAACGAUUGUCGCAACGUAUUCAGAUAUCAGUUCAUUCAAAUAUAAAGUCGAAUCCUUCUCUUUUGUGGAAGUAAUGCUGAGGAUUUAAUUUGUUGCUUUUGUUUUUGCUCGAUAAGAUUACUGGUGGGAGUUUGGAUACUUCACCUCACCUCACCCCUCUUCUCUGGACUACCUCAAACCAUAGAUAUCAUGGCACCAAAAUCAUCCCCAAAACCUUCCAAAUCACCGAAACCAACAAGUAUAAAUGAUGAACAAUUACAAUCAUUUACUCAAGAUAAUUUUGAGAAAGAGCUCAAAGCCUUAGCAUCGAAAGCUCAAGAAGAGACCACAACCAGAUUUAUCUUAUCUCAACUUUGGGUCUUAGCUCAAUCAGCUACCCUCCUUUCGCUCGCCGCCAUAUAUUCAAAUGUCUCUCAACUUACUCUCUCCCCAGUCUAUGGAUCAUAUCCAGCUGGAAUAUGGCAUUCGAAAGGAGUCAUGACGGCUUGCUUCUUAGGCUGGUCGUCAAAUCUGUUCAUUAGGCGUUAUCUUCCAAUCAGGAGACCAGUCCAACUUCUUCCAAUUAUUGCGGCUUACAUUCCAGUGAUCCAGUAUUUCCUCUUCAAGUUGAGUGGUUAUAUGGGAGCUAAUCUUGGGCCUCCUAUUACGGAAGGACUCACAUUCUUACCUCUGCUCAUCCUUUCCGUCUCGUGUACGGCUACUACACUGGACGAUUUAGAACUCACAUCUGGUCGAUGGCCUUGGAUAUCCGAUGCAGCACCAGGUAUUUUCUCAUACAUAUUUUUCAAAACCGUGGAAUAUAUAUCUGCAAAUCAGAUCUCUCAAUACAUUGGUCAAUCCGUCAUUUUCACGCGUCUUGGAAUGCAAAUUGUACUCCAGGCUUUAUAUUCAGCUUUUGCUCCUUCGAAGCUUCUAUUUUGGAUACUACCAGCACUAUUCCAUACUGCAUUGUUCAAUGUACAUGUUCCAACGUCAUAUGCGAUAAACCAACUUAAUAGUACGAUGAAUGCCAAUGGUUGGUCGAUCCUUGAACGAAAAGAAUCUCUGACUGGGUAUGUGUCCGUUAUUGAAAGUUUGACGAUGGGCAAUGGAUUCCGUGCUAUGCGUUGUGAUCAUAGUCUUUUGGGAGGAGAAUGGUUGGUCAAUGGGAAAAAAGCCAAAGGACUUGCUGAGCCUAUUUAUGGAAUUUUUGUGAUGCUAGAGGCAAUACGUUUGAUUGAAGUCGAAAAGCCAAUUAAAGACGAGGAUGCUAGUGCAUUGGUCAUUGGUCUCGGUAUUGGUACUACUCCAGCUGCUCUGAUAUCCCAUGGAAUUCAUACUACUUUGGUGGAGAUUGAUCCCGUUGUUGUUGAUUUCGCCCAGAAAUACUUCUCUCUUCCUGAGCCUCAAGAAACUAUUAUUGAGGACGCCGUAUCUGUCGCAUCAAAUUUUGCAGCUCAAGGAAAGAAGUUCAACUACAUUGUGCACGAUGUAUUUACAGGCGGAGCUGAGCCUGUUGAACUAUUUACAUAUGAGUUUUUGAAGGAUCUUCAUGACAUCUUGGAACCAGGUGGUGUUAUCGCCAUUAACUACGCUGGAGACUUCCUGCUUCCCCCUUUCCUCAUCAUUCAUCGUACAAUUCGCUCACUAUUCCCUACCUGUCGUAUUUACCGUGAAGCCGAAGCACCAACAGAUCAACACAUUGCGGAAACGGGACAAGAUUUCACUAACAUGGUGAUCUUUUGCAAAAAGCCUCUUUUCGAAGCACCUUCUGGGGAUCCUGGAACUUCUGUGCCAUCAAUCACAUUCCGAAAACCAAUUGAGAAGGAUUUUUUGAGAAGUAAUGCGAGAAGAGCAUUUUUAUUGCCCAAGUGGGAGAUAGAAGACGAAGAGUUAAAGCUGGGAGAAGAGAAGGGAGAAGAGGCUUUUGCGGGGGUAUUGAGGAGGAAUGAGACAGGGAGGUUGCAGGAAUGGCAGGAUAAAAGUGCGAAAGGGCAUUGGGGAGUCAUGAGGGGAGUAUUACCGGGAGGUGUUUGGGUCGAUUGGUAGGAGAAAGAUUUUGAGAUGAGGGAAGGAGGCGGGAUUUUGCAUUGGUUAUAUCGAGAUGAGGAAUUGUGUCAGUAGGAAUCUGUGAUUGUUUACUGAGUUUGUACUUUUGUAUAAUAUAUGGUCAAAAGAUUAGGGCAUAGGCCGGAUCAUGUGUGCCUGGAUGCUUGGGUAAUUGCAAAUAGUACUUGAGUUCAAAUUUUCAUUGAGAAUCAUUGUAGAAUUCUCGAGAUUGCUACAAAGUACAAUGCAGUC